AACAAGUCAGUUUUGUGUUGACCGUGAAGUGGUAGGAUGUGUAAAUUUUCCCAAUAUUAAUAUUGCGUGAUUCUCGCAUAAUUAUUAUGUUGCAAACACUGAAAAGAAACUAACAACUGCAGGAAUUGCUGUAAUUCACCAUCGGUUGCGAAUUACUUGCAGAACACCUACCACCAUGGCAACACUCAUAAUAAUCACCAUAGCAACACUGUUCGCCAUAACACAAUCUGAGUACAUACCGCCCGGGCCCAGAUAUCCGUGCCCGAAAGAGACGCAGUUAUUGCAUCCAUGUGUGUGCGAGAGCGGGACAGAUGCAGGGUUGUACAUACGUUGUGAGAAUGCAGGGCUGGCAGUGUUGAGUGUGGGGAUCGUGAACUUGGCAGGGCUCGGGCAGCCGAUUGAGAGGUUGCUGUUGCAUCAAUGCAAAAUUUCGCACCUCUUCGGUCCCCUAUUCCACAGAUCAACAAUAAGAGUCCUGCACAUAGAGGACACUCCUAUAAAGACCAUAGACAAAUAUGCGUUCGCCGGUGUCAACAGGACUCUGCAAGAACUCAGAAUGAUUAAUACGAAGAUUGCGGAGUUCCCUAAGGAGGCUUUCAAGAUCCUAAGCAACCUGACGGUACUAUCGAUAGAUGGCCACCGAAUCACCAAAUUGACUAAGGACAUAUUCGCGGGUAGCGAGGCGGCCGGUCGUAUAGAGAGGCUGCAUCUGACUAAUGGGCUCAUUGCUGAGUUCCCUGAAGACACCUUCCAGAAUCUGAUAAAACUGAAGACCCUGGAUCUCCACGGCAACAGACUGUCUACAUUCAAGAGGAAUCAAUUCAGAGGAUUGAGAGCUACUGAAGUUUUGGAUUUGAGCUAUAAUAACAUAACUAAACUGGACGGUAGCCAUAUUCUAGAUUUGACGAUGUUGGGAUGGUGUAAUGUUAGUCAUAACCAAAUUGCAGACAUACCAAGAGGUAUGUUCGCGAAGAAUACAAUAUUAAAAGUUUUGCAUUUGGACAAUAAUAAACUGAAGAAACUCGACACAAACAGCUUCAGAGGAAUGAGAUUUAUGAGACGUUUAUUCCUUCAAGACAACCAGAUAUCGGACAUAGGACGCAGCACAUUCUCGGCUGUCACUCGAAUAGGAACUAUAGAUUUGGCCAGAAAUAGGAUAACUAAUGUGGAUUUCCAAAUGUUCAAGGAGGUCAAAUAUGUUGAGCUCAUAAAUUUAGCGGAGAACAACAUAACAUCGAUAUCCACCCAAGCGUUCACUGACCUAUAUUUGUCUGUGGUAAACAUAUCUCACAACCAACUGGACACAAUAGAGAGUGGGGCUUUUCAGAAUUGUAAUAAUAUGACGAUAUUAGAUCUCAGUUACAACAAGUUGAAGAAGAUUCCUCGCGGUGCAUUCGACGAGAACAGUUACGCGUUCGAACUCAACGUAGCCUAUAAUAAUUUCACGGAUUUCUCACAGAUUCCCAUACACAACAUGACAGGUAUAAGGAUACUCAACGCGUCAUACAAUCAAUUAGAAAAUAUACCCAAAAUGGCGUUUCCGAAACUGUACGAACUGCAUACGGUCGAUGUUUCAUACAAUAAACUGACAGAUAUAUUCAAUGGAGUGUUUCAAAAUCUGUUUUCUUUAAGAUAUUUAAAUGUAAGCCACAAUGAGUUGGAGCAGAUCAAACCUGCGACAUUCGGAGCCCUGUCCACUGUGUUUCGACUGGACCUGUCCCACAACAGGUUAACGUCCGGGUCCCGCGGUGGGCUGGCGAAGCUCGCCGGCUGUAGGGAGAUGGAUUUGUCUUACAAUCAAUUGGAUACUAUACCACAAAUACCUAUAAGUUUGGGAGAACUAAAUUUUGCCCACAACAAUCUAACGGAAAUCAAACCUAACACGUGGCCAACAAUGAAUUCCCUUUUACGACUGAAUCUAUCACAUAACAAGCUAGAAGUAUUAGAGGGACACAGUUUUGCUGGUUUAUUGACGGUGCAGCAUCUAGAUUUGUCUAGUAAUGGAAUUCAAAGGCCGCCCUGGGAAGCUCUGAACACGUUGACAAGUCUGCAAUAUUUAUAUCUACAGAACAACAACAUAACGUCCCUAUCGAAAUCGGCCUUCGGCAACCUUCCCACGAUGUUCCAUCUAGAUUUAUCCCACAAUCGAAUCACAAACGUCGCGCAACAUUCGUUCAACGGUAUGCAGCAAUUAUUGCAGCUCAGUUUUAGAGGAAAUGGCCUGGAGGCCAUUCCUAAUGAGGCUUUUAAAGGAUUGGUGGCUUUGAGGAAACUGGAUUUGUCACACAACAAGUUGGAGAAAAUUGACAACAAAACGAACGGAUUGCUCGACGAUUGUUUAUCAUUGGAGAAGGUGAACUUGAGUUACAACAAAUUCAGUUUUCUAACGAAAAAGAUGUUUCCUUCCUCGCCGUGGAUCCCGUACCGACUCAUGGAAAUCGACCUGAGUCACAACGAGAUACCGGUACUUACCCCCGACAUUACGCACGGAACGAAGACUGUAAAGAAAAUAUAUUUUAGAGGCAAUAUUAUUAAUGAUAUUCGCAGCAAUGUUCUCGGAAAUCUAACUAGUUUGGAAAUUUUGGACUUGUCUGAUAACAAUUUGAAGGAUUUAAUUUCACGCACUACUGAAGGUAGAUUCCACCUACCAGAGAACUUAACAGAACUGUACGUAAGAAACAACGAAUUGGAGAAGCUACCGAUGGAGAAUAUAGCGAAGUCCAGGAUUCGAAUCUUGGACGUGAGGAACAAUAAGCUGACAAGUUUCGAUCCAAGGCUGGUGAAGAAAAUCGCUGUGGAGAAAAUUGAAGUGUUUUUUGAAGGCAACAAUCUCCUAUGCGAUUGCCUGAUCCGUCCGUUAAAGCACUAUCUAACCCGCCUGACACACGAUGAAUAUAAAAAAUCAUCAAUAUACACAAAUAUAACAUGUAAGGAGCCAGACAUUUUGGACGGAGAAACUGUAUCGGGUGUGGACGAGGAGAGAUUAUUGUGUGCUGGCAACAUUGAGUUGGACAAUAAGUUGCAGGAGUAUGGCAACACUGGGGAUUUUACGUCUGAACCUGAUUUGGCCUUUAGAGAUAUUCAGUAUGCUCAAUCAGGAAUAUACGUGCAUUGGUUCGUAACCACAGUGCAAGAUUUGGCCGAUUUCAACCUCUAUAUACGCGAUGAGAAAAACAACCUGUUGUAUACCAACACUGUCUCGUACAAUCUUCGCUCUAUGACCAUAGCCAUAGACGACGAAUUAAAAGGAAAAAUAAAGAGUAAGAACACAGAAAUUUGUAUUCAGGGUGUUACAUCGAAUAACAGCCCGCGCAAAUGGUACAGUUCUCAAUGUCAGAAAGUGUUGUCAAAUUUUGACAGUUGGCCGAGAAAGUUGAACAUAGACAAGAGGAGGUUGACGAAGAAAAAAGUGACAUAUAGCUGGUUCAGUAACAGUGUGUUAGGAUUGGUUAGCGAUUCUAUUUUAAUUACGUUGUGUAUUUUCCUUGGUGUUUGUUUGAAGUUGACCGACAUUGAUCUUUGAUUUUGAAUUGAGAUAUAUAUAUAUUUUUAGAGAUCCGUUGCUUUGGUACGGAAAAGCGUGAUCUUCAAACUAAGAGACCGACUCGCUCUUGACCGGUUUU